AUGGGAGACGUCGUGUUGAAGUUAGCUCGUACCGCCCCGUAUUAUCGUAGAAAUCGUCCGCAUAUAUGCUCUUUCUGGGUAAAAGGUGAAUGUAGAAGAGGUGAGGAGUGUCCUUAUCGGCAUGAAAAGCCUACGGAUCCUGAUGAUCCACUUUCUGAACAAAACCUGAAAGAUCGUUACUACGGUCAUGAUGACCCAGUUGCAGCCAAAUUACUGUCGAAAUAUGACUCAAUGCCUAAGCUUACACCUCCAGAGGACCGUACAAUAACUACUUUGUAUAUUGGAGGUAUUCCUGAAGGCAUGACGGAAAAGGAUCUACGUGAUCACUUUUAUCAAUUUGGUGAAUUACGUUCUGUCAAUCUUCACGCCAAACAACGGUGUGCUUUCAUACAAUUCACUACUAGAAGUGCUGCAGAACGUGCCGCCGAACGAACUUAUGAUCGGUUAAUUUUAGGUGGCCAUCGGUUAACCGUUAAUUGGGGAAAAUCACCAGCGGCUUUGGCUGCAGCUAAUUCUCACUUAUCAGCAGAAACGGGUGAUAUAAGCCUACCUCCUGUACCUGGUUUGCCUCUACCUCCUGCUUUACCUCCAACCAAUUUAUUGAACAGAGCUAUGUCAGUUGGUCUUAGUGGAGGCUUUUUCAUGGCGCCGCCUCCACCACCCCCGCCGCCACCACCACCUUUUACCAGAUCUCUAUUAAACUCUACUUCUGAUCUAGCAUCGGGUGAUAAAAUGCCUAUUGUCUCGACUAUACAAAUCGCACCACCAGUAGUUGAACCACUACCACCCGGAGAAAUAUUUAUGCGUGGCCCACCGCCACCACCUUUGCCACGAUACGUCGUUCGUCCUACUGCUGGCUUAUUGCAGACACCACCGUCAUCGGUUUUGCCUGACCCUAGUUCAACAGGCGUAUUGCCUCCAGGGCCACCACCACCACCCCCGCCGCCACCCCCGUCAUCCAAAACUGUAUCCUCAAAGGAAUCAAAGUCAAGUAAAGACACACCAGCUGAUGAAGCAUUGGGUAUUCAUUAUCCAAGUCAAAAUCCUCAACGGAUGGGUAGUGUACCGCACACUGAACAGCAUGACUAAUUAAUGUUGUACAAUUCCAAUGCAUAAAUAUGUCUCAUUGAAUCAUAUAUAAAUGGUUUCAUAAUCUUAUAUUCCGGUUUCGAUACUCAUUCUCUAUGGUUUGGACGUUUAUAAGCUUAAUGAUAAUAAUUAAAUUUUAUCCCACUUACGUUAUCAUUGACUGCUGGAUGCGUGUAAAUAUCUGUUUUAUUCCACUUAGGAUUGUCGUGCACAUGGGCUUGUGUUAUCCCUACACAAACUCAUACAGUAUCUUUUUGUAUAUAGCUAAUAGUAAAUCUAUCAAUAGAAUUCAUAUCGUAUUUAAGAGUUGUGUUUGAUAAACGCUGGCUACCUUAGCCUGUUGUGUAGCGUUUGUAAAACUUAGUAUAUCUAGUCUCUCA